AUUACUUUGAGAAAAUGGAAGGUAUUUUGAGUGAUCAAACUAAAUUCCAAUCUCUUGGUAGUUCCAAAGACCUCACUGUAAGAGCGGACAAACUAAUGAUCGACUCCUUCAAAAAAACUGAACCAAAUAGGAGUAUUAUCAUCAGCCACGUAUGAGUCCAUGAAACCAACGGCUACCAAUACUCCACGUCUUUAGGGUCUUCGAAAACUUCACAAACCGGGUCUUCCUCUUCUCCCUGUUUUAGAUGUGUAUAACUCUCCAUUUCACGGAAGAGCGAAGUGGUUAGUGAACAUUCUGGGACCUUUGCACAGAGAAAUCGUGCAACAUAGAAUUAGUGAUGUCUUCAACUUUAUUUCUAGAAUAUCCAAGACUGACAUGAGGGAUAAACGCAUGUUAUCCAUGAAUGUAUCAUCACUAUUCACGAAUGUACCACUUAUGGAAAUAGUAGAAAUCACCGAAAGGCAAUUGGACUUAGAAAUUCCCUUGUGUAGCCUCAAAGAAUUACUCCUUAAAUGCACAAUGAAUGUGCACUUUGUCUUCAGUAAUUCAUACUACCGACAAGUAGAUGGAAUAGGUAUGGGUGGUUCAGCAUUAGGCCCAAUACUAGCUGACUUCUUCCUCGCAAAACUUGAAAACGGGAAGUUCAAAGACAUCAUCAGGGAGUUUGAUAUGUAUUACCGUUAUGUUGCUGAUACAUUUAUCUUAGCUGAUGGGAAUGUAAACAUAGACGAAUUGUUGCUGAAAUUCAACAACGUCCACCCUUCGCUAACCUUUACUUGUGAAAAGGUGCGGAAUAUUAACUGCAUUUUCUGGAUGUCUUAGUGAGUAGGCGAGAAGAUUGGUCACUUGGGAGAAGCGUGUAUAGAAAAAGCACAUUCACAGGGCGAUACUCACACUUCCUUAAUUACAUGCCCAUUAAAUAUAAAAGAAAUGUUGUUAAAUAUCUUACGAGCAGAGAAAGAAAGAUAUGUACGAAUGACUUUUUACAAAAGGAAUUUGAAAAUAUUCACGACUCCUUGACGGAGAUGGGCUAUCCGAGUAGUUUCAUAAAGAAACAUGAAAACAUCAGAGAGAAAACCUGAGACUAUGACUGCACGUAAGAAACCUCUAUUUAUU